GCGCUGGCCACGGCAGCAUGCGCGGGAAUUUGGUUUGCCGCUUGUUCCUCGAUUUUCCACGCUGUGACACUUUGCUUGUCACUUGACAAUUUGUUUAACGACGAGUACAGCGGUUCCUCUUCUUGUUGUCACCUGUGCGUUUGUAUUCGCAAUCGAAACGACAAGACUAUCGAAGAAUUGUUGCACUUGAUCUAUCCACGGAUUUAAGAGCAGCGGUCAUUGGAAUACUGAUAGGAAUCAGGACGCAAGAGAGAAACGAUAUUGUACAGUAUUGUAUUGAAAUAAUGUCGAUGGAAUGUUUCACGAUGGAAGCCGAGAAACUUCAUCUCGUUCGCAGUGACAACGGAGCAGAAAAACGUCCUCCGCGAUGGACAGUUUUCACUUGGUUUAGCCGCAGUGUGACACAUACCUGACGUCACACGCAUAUCCAAUGAGAAGAGACCGACACGGUCGUAUAUAGAAUCGUCGUUGGGCAGACUUUUAUUGGAAGCAACCCCCGAAACCAACAAUUUCACUUCCUGCCACGACAGCCUCCAACAGCGUCACAGGAUUCACCCAGCAGGUAUGAUCGAAUGAUGGAGGUGAUUUCAACACGCCGAUACGAGGCUCGUCCACCGCCAGCGAGCCAUCCGCCGAUUCUCAUCGACCCUGAGAAUUCUGUAGCUUUGGUCAAAGAAGAGGAAUGGGAAACUCGAAAGAAGAAGGAGAUAACGACCACCAGGCAGAUCGAGACGAGAGUGAAGCGACAGGUCGUGCUCGAGGAUGGCGAGGUCGUGGUCGAUUCAGGGCCCUUGGUCACCACGAAUACUACCGAGGACAUCGAGCAACAGGAACACACCACGCAAGAAAGACGAACAACCGGCGACCAACCGCAAGAAGUUGAAUGGCCAACAGGUGGAAGACGGUCUGCCGAUGGCGGUAGCAUAGUUCAGAAGGAAUUGAACGAGACGGUGGUGAGGAGUCGCGAGGAGAUUGAGGAGAGACUGGAAACAGAAGAUCGUCGACAACUGGGAGAUAUCUCGGACGAGGCAUACCAGAAGGCUGUAAGAAAUAACCGGGGCGAUCUGAGAGUGGCCCUCGCCGAAUCUUCCAAGCAGUUGGCGUCUCAAACGGGUCCCAGGGUCGUCCAGCACACGACCAAGUCGAACAAGGUGAUCGACACGGAGAAAACCUUGGAGAAAAAGGAGCUUAAACACGAUGGUUUGAUAGUUACCGAGAGGAAACGAACGGUCGAGCACGAGGAGAUUAAGGACGACGAGGUCCCUGACGACGGAUGUGAUGUAGAUGGUGACGACGCGUCAGAAAAGAAGAAGGAAAGCUCGCAUAGAUUCGUGAAAAAGAGGGACGAGGACGUGGUCGAUUAUAUCUCGGGUGGCGAGAGGAUCGCCCGUGAAAUGCGCUACGUCGCAGAGACCACCGAGGGAGAACGAAUCGGAGAUUGGACACCAUCACCUACAGCCAUGCGAACUACACGUUUCCAUAAGCAUUCUGGUUUCCCUGCAGAGAGCUUCCCAGCUCGGAAGGACGUUCUAACAAAGAAACCACUGGACUUUGAAGAGGAAGAUGAAGCGAGAAAGUUUGAAACGUCCAAGUGGUUGGAGAGCCAUUUUGGUAGCGAGUCGCGUUCUUCUCAUGGGUCCAUCGAUGCUGAAGAUUCCCCUCUUCCAACUAGCGCGAACACGAGCUAUAUUAAUAUCACUAUGAAAUCUUGCAGUCCCAAAGAGCGGGAUUAUCAGACUGCUAGCUCCAAUCGACAUCAACGGCGCAGUACCGGUCGUGAUUCAAUAUCACCCUCGGGAUAUUUUCACGGAAUAAGCGAGUGGUCUGAGAGAUACCAAGGGAGAGAGAGACAGAAUCAAUUGAGAACAAGCUCGCCGCAAUACGUGGAGACAGUUCGCACAAACGGUCAUGCUCACGAUCACUCGAAAAAUCAAGUCGACUCGACGUACUCGAAAACUUACGAGUCGGUUCUUCGUCGUGAACAUCAGGAAUCGUUCGAUCGAACGUGUACACCAUCUCCGCCUGUUCGACGAAGAUCGAAAGAACAAUGGACAACGAGGUCUGAAGAGAAGGCCAAUGUAAACGACUCGAUACCAGGCCGAACUUCUAGCCCAGUUCACGUCGUGCAGAGAACCUGGGAGAGUCGCAAUCGAAAUGUCCAAGAGCAAACAGUCGAGCAAGACAAUCGGAAAAAAUCAACAUCGAGAUCGCGGUCGACGUCGCCGUUGCCAGAAUCGAAUUUCCGCAACAGUAAGAAGUCAAUCGAGUUUGCCACAUCAACUCCUGUUCGUACCGAAAAGAGUUCAGGACACUCGAAAUACAAGAUCGGAGAGUCGUUCAGGAAAUUAGUUGGGAAACUGCGUUCCGCCAGCAGUGAAAGGAAGAACAAGCGGUCUAACAGCAGCUCGAUUUCUCAACUGACACAGACCGACGACAGUGGACCAACCUACAUGCAGUACAACGUGAUCGACAAGAACAUUCCUCUGGUGAACGAAAGGGACAUGGAGGAGAAACCUCCCGAAAGACCACCAAGGAGCCACGCUGGGACAAAUAACAAUGCGAGCAAGAUCUCCAAGAUGGUUAAAACAAGUUCCCACGUGGCUCAAGAGCAAUGGCAACGCAGCGAGUCGACGCCCCCGUUGCACAGGUAUUACCUCGGCGAGGAUCCCUUCGGAGGAAGCAUUUACGGCCGCGAGAAAGGAUACAGAGAUGUAAGAAGAUCUGGGAAGCCGCGCGGUAGAACCGUCGCUGAAACUGAAUACAGCGUCUCGUCCAGUUCACUCGGCAGGUUUAGCAAGUCAACCGGUCGGCUAACCAACGAUUACGAGCGAGAGGAACAGUUGAGGAGCACGCAAACUCUGCCGAGGAACCUGCACACCGGUGGACAAUACGCACGGUCGCAGACCCUAUCCAGACGCCAGCAACCGGUCCCUAGCGCGAUCAAAUUGGGAACGUCGCACGGCAACGUCCCAUUAUCGACGAACCAGCCGCGUCAGUACGGAAGUAUGAUCAAUAUUUCCAUCAAGAAUACGGUCAUGUCGCCGAAGGUGGCGGCAUUGCAAAGCAACGUUCAACCGCCGGUCAAGCCCGAACGAAGUUACAGAUCCUCGUUGUCACGUAGCAAGAGCUUUAACGUCGAGGCUGACAGAAACGGCAUCGACACACCACCUCCCAGGAUACCGUAUACAUCCAACUUGCAACUGAACAGAUUAAACGAAACACCUCCGUUGAAGAGUCCAGGCAUUUUGGCCAGUAUCAAUCGUAGCAACAGGGAUUUGUUGAAGAACAGCAGACACGAGUAUUAAUCAAGUCUUCAUUAAGUCGUUCAGUUAGGCACUUUUUAAUAGUUUUAUAAUAACUGUUUUUUUUUUUUUUUUUUUUUUUUUUUUUCUUUAAAUACGGUUGAAGUGGAAUCCAUUACGGAUUAGCGGGUAUUAGUUAUUACGUAUAAGUAGUUUAUGGUUUAUGAUUUUUUUUUUUUUUUUUUGUAUAGUGCGAAGUGAUAUUGAUAUUGAUAUUAUCCAUAUCGAUCGUGAGAGGUGGGCUUGUUUUGUAUAAAUCAAUGAAGUUUUGUUCCAAUAGUUUCAGACAGGUUUUUAUUACAACACAACUCACGCGAGACUUACUUAAUCUUCUUUUCGCUCACAUAUUCAAUUACAAUCCAAGAUUACAUAUCAGAUUAGUAGAGGGGUAUGAGAUAGAGAUAGCGAUUCGUUAUUAGGUAUACGUGAUUAAAUGUUACAUCCACGUUUUAAGAUAUAAAAUUACAAUUUAU